ACAGCGGCACACAAGGGUCCUGCCGAUCCGGCAUCCUCCUUCCCGAGCCUCCCUGGAGGACAGCAGGGAUAGCCCAGGGCCCGCAUGGGCGGCAGGUGGGUUAGAGGAACAACCCUACCGAAGCUCCAGUGCUCUGAAAUGUGAUCCUGCCGGAGGCACCUCCCUGGGCCCCACCUCGCCCUCUCCGACCUAUAUAUGUGUCCGGCCUGGGGCGGGCGCGGGGGACGCGGCUCGACAGUCCCCCGGAGUCCCUGCGGAUGGACAGGCCGAGGCACCAAGGCAUGGCGAAGAACACGAACAUGCGCUGGCGGCUCCCGCUCGUGUGCCUCCUCUGGGAGGUGGCCAUGAUCGUCCUCUUCGGGGUCUUCGUGCGCUUCGGUGCUGAAGCUGAUGCACACUGGGAGGAGGAGAAACGAGAGAUGAACCUGACCAGUGACAUAGAGAACGAUUUCUACUUCCGAUACCCCUCUUUCCAGGAUGUCCAUGUGAUGAUCUUUGUGGGCUUUGGCUUCCUCAUGACCUUCCUCAAGCGCUAUGGAUUCGGAGCUGUGGGUUUCAAUUUCCUCCUCGCUGCCUUUGGGAUCCAGUGGGCUCUCCUGAUGCAAGGCUGGUUCCACUCUUUCAAGGAUGGGAAGAUCCUCAUUGGAGUGGAGAACCUGAUCAAUGCUGAUUUCUGCGUGGGCUCUGUGUGCAUUGCCUUUGGGGCCAUCCUGGGAAAAACCAGCCCCAUACAGCUCCUUGUCAUGACUUUGUUUCAAGUCACACUCUUUUCAGUGAAUGAGUACAUCCUCCUCAACCUUCUUCAUGUAAAGGAUGCAGGUGGCUCCAUGACCAUUCACACCUUCGGAGCCUACUUUGGCCUCACGGUGACACGGAUCCUGUACAGACCCAACCUGGAGCAGAGCAAGGACAAGCAGGGCUCCGUGUACCACUCCGACCUCUUUGCCAUGAUCGGUACCCUGUACCUGUGGAUGUACUGGCCCAGUUUUAACUCAGCCAUUUCUGAUCACGGGGAUGCCCAGCACCGGUCUGCCAUUAACACCUACUGCUCACUGGCUGCCUGUGUCCUCACCACCAUGGCCUUCUCCAGCAUGCUGCAAAAGAAGGGCAAGCUUGACAUGGUCCAUAUCCAGAAUGCCACACUGGCCGGCGGCGUGGCCGUGGGCACCAGCGCCGAGAUGAUGCUGACUCCGUACGGCUCCCUCAUUGUCGGCUCCAUCUCUGGCAUCGUGUCCACGGUGGGGUAUGUCUACUUCACGCCUUUUUUGGAGUCUAGGUUGCACAUUCAGGACACAUGUGGCAUCCACAACCUCCACGCCAUGCCAGGCCUUAUUGGGGGCAUUGUGGGGGCCAUCACAGCAGCUGCAGCCACGGAGGAUGUGUAUGGAAAGGAAGGGUUCAUCAAGGCGUUUGACUUCACGGGCGUGUACCAGAGGCGGACACCCAGCAUCCAGGGAGGGUUCCAGGCAGCCGGCAUCGUGGUGUCUCUGCUGAUGGCAUUUGCUGGGGGGGGCAUCGUGGGGGGCAUCCUGAAGCUGCCCAUCUGGGGGGACGCCGCGGCCGAGAACUGCUUCGAGGAUGACAUUUACUGGGAGGUGCCGGAGGACGAGGAGAGCGACGUGUACCACAUGCACAACCCCGACAAGCCCGCCUCGCCCUGAGCCGCGCCCCGCCGCCGGCCGCCGUCCCCGCCGCAGGACCUCGCCCCGCUGCCGGGCCGAAGGAUCCUCUUCUCCCCGUGACGACAGGGCUCUGCCCUCCUCUGCCGCUUUUGGAACGAGCUGCUGUGGAUAUAAUAAAGUCGUGUUCUUCUUUC